UAUUCAUAUUCAUCGAUCAAAAAGAAGAAAAAAAAAACUUCAAUUUUUUGAAUUCUAACUAAGCAGUAGAAGAAAAUGACUGAUUCUUCUUCUUCAUCGUCGUCUGUGGCUGAGAUCAAACAAGAUAAGUAUCGGUAUUACAUAUAUGGAGAAGGAGAGAAAGACACUCAAUGGAGAAAUGGUAUUCCUAACUAUGAUGUAGUUAACAAGCUCUUCGAAGAAGGCAGAACUCAGGUAUGGCCUGCUGGUUCCAUUGAAGAAGAGGUGCAAAACCUUGUAAAAACAUGGGAAAUGGAGAUGGUUCACAAAGCACGCCCACAGGAUAUGAAAACCCUUGACCCUGCUAAAUUCACCUUUAGUAAAAAUGGAAGCCAACCCAUAGCUCUAGAUGAAAUCGGCAAAAAAGGAAGCUAUAACUUGUUCUUGCAAACCUCAUUGCCUGAGAAAUAUCGGGUCUAUAACCCAUCGGAGGAAACGAUCACCUCUGCUAAUAAAAUAUUCGCGACAACAUUUCCUCGUGGGUUUGCACUUGAAAUUAUGCAAGUGUAUUCUGGACCACCAGUUAUUGUUUACAAAUUCAGACAUUGGGGAUUCAUGGAGGGUCCUUUUAAAGGCCGUGCUCCUACCGGAGAGAAAGUUGAAUUCUAUGCCAUUGGCAUUUUUACGUUGGAUGAAGAAAAGAAAAUCGUGAAGGUUGAGUUCUUCUUUGAUGGAGGAGAACUACUUAGUGGUCUAAUCAAAGGUGACGAUACAUCGGAUAACUCUGGCACAUCAGCUUGUCCUUUCUUGAAGACCACAGAAUGAAAGUUCAGUGUGGGACUCAACAAUAAUGGUGGAACAUUUCAGUUUGAAGUUCUUAAAAAUAUUUCGCACAGUAAAUUCGCGACAGAUUUGGGGUGUUGCGUCCACAGUUUGAAUAAAAUGAAUUGUAUUUUCUUGUUUCCUUGUAUUAGUAUGAAAUGAAAUAAGAUUAGCUAGCUAUGUAUUGGUUUGUUUUUCUUCUUUUUCUCUUUA